AUGCCUGCGACGCCGCCGCCCGCCGCUGGACCGUCUCGACAGCUCGACUUGACUCCUGAACAAGUCCGCAGGCUCGAAGAGAACCGUCUCAAGGCCAAGGCAAAGCUGCAGGACCGCGAGCGACAGAUCAGGCAACACGCUGCUCAGAUCGGGAGCGACCGCCCGAACGCGCUUGGCAAACGCCCGCUCCAGGUCAUCCCCGCCGACUCGACCUCUCCGACCGCACCGAACGCUCGCCAUGUCCCCUCUCGACCGUCUACCUCAGCACUUUCCGCUUCCAAUGCUCUGCAAAGCGCGGUAGCAGGCCCGUCGCGCGGCUCGCCGGUGAAGCAUUUCGCAGGCGCAGACGGCAGCGGAAAGGACAACUCGCCUCUCAAGCCCAUGAUCGGCCAGUACGUCGAGUACGACCUCUCGACGCUCAAAAACAGUCGUGGAGGUUUCUUGCUCGAGGGCGAGGAGGACGACCCGAAGAGGCUGAGGGAGCGGCAAUUGCAGGAGGAAAUGAAGAUUCAGCGAUUGGAGAAUGCGCGGAAGCAGGGACAGCUGCGAGGCUCAGCGAUGGCUCUCGACCCGCGCGAAAACCCGAAAUGCGUGCACUGCGGAACGACCGACCUCGACGACCAGCUACGAACCGUCUUCGGCGUCAUGUGCUGCACACCGUGCAAGAAGGAGCGGCCAGAGAUGUACUCGCUGCUGACCAAGACCGAGUGCAAGGAGGACUACCUCCUCACCGAGCCUGAGCUCAAGGACACCGAACUCAUGCCGCAUCUCCUCCGACCAAACCCGCACCGCCCAACCUACUCGAACAUGAUGCUCUUCCUGCGCUGCCAAGUUGAAGAUUUCGCCUUCUCGGACAAGAAGUGGGGGUCUCCCGAGGCACUCGAUGCCGAAUUCGAGCGACGCGAGGCGGAGAAGAAGGAGAAGAAGAGCAAGAAGUUUGCGAAGAAGCUGCAGGAGUUGCGCAAGAAGACCAAGACGAACGUCUGGCAUCGCAGGCAGGAGGCGGAGCAUCAGCAUGCGUUUGUUGAUGUGGAGAACAGCAGCGGCGACAAGGUCCAGCGGUGCGAGGAGUGCGGCUUCGAGGUGGAGGUCGAGAGUUUCUGA